AUGCAUCGGGGUCUGUAUACUCUGUUCGCUCUUUUAUGUCUUGCUACUUUCUUUGAGAGAUCGACCGCCUCCCUGGGUGACCACCUCCACGACUUCAAGGAAUGCGUCGAGAUCUGUAAAACGGAGAACUGCCAGAAUGGUAACUCGGUGCUGCCGCUGCACCACCGUCUGCUGCUAUGGACCUGCCCUGCCGAGUGUGACUAUACGUGUCAACACGUCAUCACCGACCGCCGCGUCGCUCGCGAUCCCCCGAUGCUGGAUCCCGUCGUACAAUUCCACGGCAAAUGGCCGUUCCGCCGAAUCCUAGGCAUGCAGGAGCCCUUCUCCGUGCUCUUCUCUUUCCUCAACUUUGCCGCCCACUGGGUGGGCAUGUCGCGCAUUGAAGAAGCCAUCCCGCGCUGGCACUCCCUCCGACAGUACUACAUGACCUUUGGCUACAUCGGGCUGGCCAGCUGGACCUUCAGCAUGCUCUUCCACACGCGCGACUUCCCCUUGACCGAGAAGCUGGACUAUUUUGCUGCGGGGGCCAACGUCCUGUUCGGUCUGUAUCUGGCCGUGGUUCGCAUCUUUCGUCUCGACUUGGACAGCCCACCGUACCGUCCGACCCUGCGUCGGCUGUGGACGCUGAUCUGUGUGCUGCUUUACACGAUGCAUGUGUGCUAUCUCAGCUUCUGGUCGUGGGAUUACACGUACAACAUGGCCGCCAAUGUGGCCGUGGGGAUUGUCCAAAAUGUGCUGUGGACGGGGUUCAGUAUCUUCCGAUAUCAAAAAUAUCUCAAGUCUUGGACUGCCUGGCCCGGCAUGAUUGUGGCUUGGAUCAUCUUGGCGAUGAGUUUGGAGCUGCUGGAUUUCCCGCCCUGGCAUGGACUGAUUGACGCGCACAGUCUGUGGCAUCUGGGCACGGUGGUGCCCACCGCAUGGUGGUAUUCGUUCCUGAUCAAGGAUGCGCAGGACGAUAUUGCCGGGCACCGACUGAAGGCGUAA